AUGACUUGGUUAUAUUGGCAUUUAAAAUAUGAUAUUAAAGUUAAGACAAGAACUGAAACGGAGAAAAUGUUAUUUUACGGUGGAACGAAGAUUUUUCGCAACACAUUUACACUUGGUAUAGCCAUGUCAGAAUUAUUUAGUUUAGCGUUAUUUAAUGAAAUUCUGGUGACAGACGGCUUGCAUAUAAUACUGAAUUAUGUUUACCGUAUACUAUCAUUAUUGAUAUGUGGUGUCCUGUGGAAUCAUUUGCGUACCUUGGGAUUUCGUACAUUUGACGAAUAUGUAACUAAACGAUUUGAUAGUAGAGUAUUAACUUCCUUCUAUAGAGUUAAUCAAGUUGCUGGAAUUAUUUAUUAUUGGAGAGUACAAUUCAAUAUGGUUGAGGGAUUGGAUUUAUUUCAAAUAAGAUCGUGGUUAGGAUACUUAUAUUUAACCGUAUGCAUUACAACAUUCACAUCUAUCGGUGGUUUACAUUACAUAUUAGUAUUAACUAGUAUUCUAUGGUUAAUUGAAAUUAGUGGUCACAUUGUCCUUCUGAAAUGUGGGAAAAUUGAUAUGCGAGAAUUGAAUAAUGUAUUCAGCUUCGCAGUGGAUCCCUGCAAACUUCUUUUUGGACCACAGUAUCUUUUGGUUUUUUUGAGUCAGCUAUUAACUAUCCAACCAGGUUUUAUAAUAUUUCAAUCAGCUGAUACAGUUAAACAGUCAAACUUAGUUAUUAUAAUUGCAAUGGGUUUAUUAACAUUAGACACAAUGCUAUGUUUCUUUAAUUCAGGCAAUAUACGCUGGUAUAUGCAAACGAGAAAUAUUUCGUAUGUGCGUAGUUUAGAAGAAAUUUUUAUGGAUUCAACAGAUGUGACAGAAUCACCAAUAAUAUCGAUGACUACAAAUGAGAUAAUAAAGGGGAAUGCAAUGUCAACUAUAGCCAGUACUACAUCAGUAAUUGGGUCGUUAACAACUGCAGCAAUGGUAAUUAUGGGACAGAUUACAUCAUUGGCAAACUCUCCCACCACCCCCAGCAGCAUUAGUGAAAUUCCAGCAUUACAAACGAAUGUACCGUCAUCUCCAAAGGCUGCGACAACAGUAACAGAAACAACAAAAGAAGGGAAUAAAGCAAAAGGAUCAAUGGCGACGUCUGAACAAAGAGUAUCGUUAUUCAAAACAGUGCAUACAACUAGCGAACGUAAGAUAUUUAAUAGUUUUUUGCAUUAUAUUGUGAUAACUGGAGUACACAUUGCUAACAUUAUAACGUCGAUAGUUUUACAUGCACAUUCGAUCACUGAGUUAAGUAUUCAAAAUAUGUUACCUAAUUGGUUAAGAAUAGGUUUAAUUUCAAAUGGUCGAGAAUUUCAUUUGGUGUACACAAGUUUUUACAUUAUAUUUACUUACAUGAUAAUUGUGAUGAAUAUAUACUCUACAAGUUAUCCGGAUAUCGUUCCUAUAAAAUAUGGUUAUAUUUAUCCGGUGUCACUUUGGAUGAUAUUAACAAUGCCGGUGGUGUGUUUCAUUCUAUUAGGUGUAUUUAUUGUUGAUAUUUGGUCAAUACCUGCUGUACUAGCAACACUGGCAGCGUUAGCAAUUAGUAUAUUAUACUUAUUAGAAUCUGAUUCUAGCAAUUCAUGCUUUAAUGCUUGGUUUUUAACUUUUAUGUUUUUCUUUUGUGUGUUACUUACAAUAAUAUUUUCAGUAGUUUUAAAACCACCAAGAUAUUUUGUUCAUGGCUUAGUGUUUAAAUAUCAUAUAACACUUAGACGACGUGUUGAAAACCUAUUAUCAGUUUCACUAGGUCCUACAACAAGUGUAUUUGCAGCAAGGAAAUCUCAGGUUAGAAGACCAAGUCUGAAAUUCGUUGCGAAAAAUUAACUUUAUGAAUUGAUAUGUUACAAAGAAAAUGAUAUUGAUAUAUAUAUUUUUGAUGAUUGAAAUGCUCUUUCAAACUUCUCUAGUUUUCCUGUUGUGUGUUUAACAUGAUAAACUUGUUAAAAAGUUAUUUGCUUAAAUAAAC